AUGGCUUCACGAUUAAAGAUAAUACUAUUGUGGCAUAAAUAUGAUUAUAAUGUCAACGAAAUGGCAUCACAUCAAGAAAAUAAUACUUGUACUCCGGUUAAUCUACCUAAAAGAAAGAAAGUGGUCAAAGCUAGACGGGUCUAUAGGUUAAAAACUAAAGGUAACGAAAAACGAUACAAAGUAAGGUUGGUGGCAAAAGGUUACCUACAACUACCAGGCUUUGAUUAUAAGGAAACUUAUGCCCCUGUAGCAAACAUACUCACAAUAAGAACAUUAUCGUGUAUCAUAAAUCAACAAAAUAUGUAUAUGUGUCAGUUUGAUGUAAAUCAGCUUUUAUCAGUGGACAAUUGGAUAAUGAAACAGCCUCGAGGCUUUGUUGAAAACUCAUUUUUAGUUUACAAAUUACAUAAAGCCAUUUCGGACCCAAACAAGCUCCAAAAUACUGAAAUAGAAGAUGUGACACUUUCAUUACCAAUCAGGGUUGUAUACGUAGUAAAUCAGAUAACUGCUUGUACAUACGAAGUGAUAAAUGUUCUUGUACAUAUUUAUUACUCGAUGUUGAUGACAUUUUAUUAG